AUGAGAACGCGUCGGCUCCUUAGAGAAGAAAUCACUUAUUCCCUCGCCAAGGAACGGGAGGUAAACAUCCUUCAUCAGCUAGGAUAUUUCGAUCAGCAGUGCCACUUCUUCUCCCACCUCUAUGCUAGAAGAGAAUGGAUGAAAGCUAUCAUAGCUCAUCAUUUAGGUUUCAGAUCUACCGAUAUGUGCCAUAUUGCAAAAAUGGAUGAUUGGUUCCGUGGCAGCUUCAACGUUUGCGUUCCUGUUACCAUUGAGAACUGGAAGGAACGACAGCAGCCGGGACUUCGUGUUAUCCUCCGAUUUCCUCUCCCAUAUCGCGUCGGGGAGGGCUUUCGGCCUGGGAACGGGGAUGAAAAGAUCCGGUGCGAAGCUGGUGCUUAUGCAUGGCUCCAACAGAAUUGUCCAGAUGUUCCGAUUGCACGACUAUACGGGUUUGCUAUGUCAACAGGUGAAACUGUACGAAACAAAAUGUUCUUGCUAAAAACACAACGACUAAUCCUCACAACGUAG